AUGUUGGCUGUUAGUUCUCUGCCCCAGUUCAUCACCGCGGCAGGCGUCUACGCCGUACUACGUGCUGAAAUGGUGCAUGACUACCCUGACUUGGAAACAGACUCUGUCGAGACAAUUCACCUGCGCGGAUUGGCCGAGGACGACUCAAUAGUCUUGCAAAAGUCUCCAUUCUCGCGGGACAUACCCUCGUCUACCUUGCUCACGUUUCCCGGGAACGUGGACGAAGCUAUCGUCAACGGUAUCAUCCCUGAGAACCCCAAGCUGCCGCCGAAGACCGGGAGAUGCGAGCUUCACCUAGAGCUCGGCGAGUUACUGGGAAGUGGGGCGACUGGAGUAGUGCACGCAGUCACCUCGCUUGAAGGGGUUGAUGUACCUCUGUGCGUCAAGAUAGCGUUCCCCUCUGAGCGCGCAGCCCUAUCCUCUGAAGCGUGGUUCUAUGAUGACUUACAAGAUAUUCAGGGGGUAGUCAUCCCGAAGUGCUUCGGCUACUUCGAGAAGACCCUCUCUCUGUCGACGAGGCUCCGUAUCUCAGAUCACCGUUCGAGGUUUCCUACAUGGGAUAACGGCGCGGAUAGAGGCACAAUUCCGGGACGUAUCGGUGUCUUGCUCUUAGAGAAGUUGUCUGGUGAGCAUCUGGAGCUGCACACUCAGUUUCGAGAUGACAAUAGUCAUGCCAUCUAUUGCCUCUUUUUAGAGCUCAGCCACCGCUUCGUACACCACAAUGAUAUCCGAUACGACAAUAUUCUGAGGGUCGUCCCUUCAGGUGUUCCCGUACCUCACAGGCCUACAAGCCAGGAGCAAAUAUCUUCGCCUUGGAGGCUUGUGGAUCUUGCUAGUUGCCAAAAGCACACCUUCGACCGCAUGCGGCACUACCUAUACCUUCACGGGAGUCGCGUGCGCCAUCUUCUGAAGAAUGUUCAGGCCCAGGAAGGACAUAUCUCGGAUGACAUGUAG